UGACCAGCUGCUAAAGGGUCCAGAUGUCAUUAGUAACUUAGUUGGAGUGCUGUUAAGGUUUAGGCAAGAGAGAAUUGCAUAUAGAAGCAAUGUUCCACCAGGUGAAAGUCAUACCAAGCGACCGAGAUGUCCUUCGUUUCUUGUGGUGGGAAGGUGGAGACACAAGUAAGCCUGUUAAAAUGUUUAGAAUGGCAGUGCAUCUGUUCGGUGCGACCUCAUCACCUUCCUGCGCUGGCUAUGCCUUGAAGCGAACUGCUGAAGACAACGAACAUGACAAUGCAGAUGAAGUUGGAAAACGAACGAUAGACGCCAUCCGACAUAGUUUCUAUGUAGACGACUGCCUGACUUCCACGAAUGACACAAAAUCUGCAGUAGAACUAGCACAACGACUUAGGUCAGUUCUAGCAAAGGGAGGUUUUAGAUUAACGAAGUGGAUCAGCAACGCUCGUGAGGUUCUCGAUAGCAUUCCCGAGUCCGAGAGAGCUCCUUCUGUAUCGCUGAAUCUGGACGAACUACCAACUGAACGAACGCUGGGUGUGUCCUGGGAUGCUGAACUUGACGUGUUUAAGUUUGAGGUUGAUGUAACAUCUAAGCCCAUGACUAGACGAGGUCUGUUGUCGGUGACCAGUUCCAUCUACGAUCCGCUAGGAUUCGCAGCUCCUUUCGUUCUUUAUGCUAAAUCCUUACUCCAAACUGUUUGUCGAAGAGGAUCUGAUUGGGAUGAAGUAUUAGACGAUUCUGAGGUAAAGGUCUGGAAAGAAUGGUUAGCUAACGUCCCUAACUUAGUCAAUGUUCGAGUACCUAGAUGGAUGAUGCUAGAACAAGCAGUCAAGACCACCCUACACAUCUUCUGCGAUGCAUCUGAGAGAGGAUAUGCAGCAUGCGCCUAUUGCCGAACUGUCUCUAGUGAUAAUGAGGUAAAUGUUGUGUUUGUUAUGGGUAAGGCGAAGGUGACUCCACUUAAGAAGGUUUCCAUUCCUCGUCUGGAAUUGCUAGCUGCUGUAUUGGCCGUGAAAUUAGAAGGCAUGAUAAAGCGGGAAAUUAACGCUCGCUUCAAAUUUGAACCUACCGUCUUUUGGAGCGACUCAAUGAUUGUACUUGGUUAUAUCGCCAAUGAGAAUAAACGCUUCAAGACGUUCGUAGCAAAUCGUGUAACGUGUAUUCGAGAGUCGUCAAACCCUGAUCAGUGGCGACAUGUUCCGACUGAAGUCAAUCCUGCCGAUGAAGGAUCGAGGGGGACUCUGCUACUGAAGAGUUGGAUCAUCGGUCCUGACUUUCUACGCAAAGACGAAGCGAACUGGCCUGUUAAUAGACAUGCAGAGACUCAAUCAACUGACCCUGAAGUAAAGGUGAACGUCUUCACACAAGCGGUAAGAGUCAAUAUCCAAAGGAACUUAGUACUAGAAGAGUUGUCAAGUAAGAUUUCUUCUUGGACCAAACUCGUUAGAGUAUAUGCGUAUGUUCGGCGAUUUAUUGUAAGAGCAAAAGGGGCUACAAACUCAAACAUGACAAGUUUAACCGUAGCAGAGAUUGAGGGUAGUGAAAGCGGAAUCAUCGCAUGGAUUCAGAAAUCGGAAUUCAAGAAAUGGCAAGCUGAUCAACGAUUGAAGAAAUUUCAGCCAGUGUUAAUGGGACAUCUACUCAGGGUAGGCGGUAGAAUUGAUCAGGCAAGAGUAGAUGAUGCUAUAAGACAUCCUAUCAUUCUUCCAGCAUAUACUAAUGUUACUAACCUCAUUAUUCGCCAUUAUCAUGAAGCUGUAGGUCACAGUGGGUGGAUGUCGACUCUAAAUGCGCUACGUCAAAGAUUUUGGUUGCUGAAGGGCCGAACUGCAGUGAAGAGUGCACUGAGUCACUGUGUUAUAUGUAAGAAGUAUGGAGCAAGACCAGCCCAACAACUAAUGGCCAACUUACCCGCUGAGAGACUUGACAGCGACAAACCUCCAUUCACGAAUGUUGGUGUAGAUUUUUUCGGGCCGUUUAAUGUAAAGCAAGGUAGGAGCACAGUUAAACGAUACGGCUGCAUCUUCACUUGCCUCGUGAGCCGAGCUGUUCAUCUAGAGUUAGCAAGUAGUCUUGAAACAAACUCAUUUAUCAAUGCACUGAGAAGAUUUAUUGCAAGAAGAGGGCAACCAAAGAAGUUCUUAAGUGACAAUGGAACCAAUUUUCAUGGAGGAGAAAGAGAACUAAAAGAGGCGAUCAAGAAGAUGAAGACAGAUCAGAUUGAAGAUUUUUGUCAUACUAGAGGGUUUGAGUGGAAAUUUAAUCCAGCUAAUGCUAGUCAUUUCGGAGACGCUUGGGAACGCCUAAUCAAGUCAGUGCGCAAAAUCAUGAAUGGUGUGCUAAGACAACAGACCGUGAGUGAAGAAGUGCUGACGACUGUCCUGACAGAAGUUGAGUCAAUCCUGAACUCAAGACCAUUAACUGAUAUUUCUCAAGACCCCAGGGACGAAGAACCCUUAACACCCAAUCAUCUUCUCCUUCUUAGGAAAGGGCCUGAUGCACCUAUAAAUAUUGGCUUAGACAAAUCUGUCUCAUAUGGGAAAAAAAGAUGGCUGCAGGUCCAGUAUCUUGCAUCGCUGUUCUGGACUAGAUGGAGAAAGGAGUAUCUACCGUUAUUACAACAAAGACAUAAAUGGACGACGCCUAAAGAUAAUGUAAUGAUCAACGACAUAGUCCUCCUCGUCGAUGAAACAACUCCGCGUGGGAAAUGGCCAAUGGGCAGAGUGCUUGCGGUGCGAACCAGUAGUGACGGUAAAGUUAGAAGUGUCGACGUGAAGGUGAACAAUAACAUCCUGAAGCGACCUAUUGCAAAAUUAUGUAUUGUUCAUAGGGAAGCAAUUGCUAAGGCAGUUAAUGUGUAAAUUCAAAUAGUUUAUGAAUUUACAGGGGGAGUGUUAUCGAUCUCAUUAUCGCACUUUGUAUGUAGCGCCCUCUUGCGAUUUUAUUAUCUUGUUUAUGUUUUCUGUACGUUGCAUUAUGGGGUAGCUUUCCUCUGUUCGCCUUUGCGCGUGGGUUUUAAAUUCAGUAGCAUGUACCGGUUGAAGGUAAAAACACGUGUGGCUACUCAUUGAGUUUUUGAAUCCUGUAUAUUAUGGGUAUGUUUCUAUAUUUUCUUAUAUUAAGAUGAUCAGAUUGUUUUAUAUUGUUACAUAGACUUGCCAUGUUGUGAUUUAAUGCUUGAUAAAUGCAAGUUUAUAGAUUAUAUUGUGAAAUACUGCUAUUAAUUUAUAGCCUAGGCCUAAGUUCUUUUCUUCACCGCCGGGCAAACAGUACCUUGGCAGGUGUGAUGUACGUCUGAUAUUGGUUUAGGCCUAUUUCUUAUUAUAGUACAAUACGUGGCUAUAUACCGUAUACAAUGAUUAUGCAGUAUUAUAAUGUUUAGAGGUAAAUUCAAUAUAUAAUAUAGUUUCUGAAUGAUGUUAUUAAGUAUUUAAAGCUUACAUAGUUAUAUAACAUUUACUACAAUCUAUAGUAUUGUAUAGCUGAUGGAUGUUAAAUCUUGGUACAGUAAUUCCUUUGUGUGAAUUUAUUAUUUUGUGUAAUACACUACAACAUUACCGUUUUAUUAUAGCAUGAUUAUUCAUAUGAUAUAGUUUAAUACUAUUUAAAUCACUGAUUUAAAUGACGAUUUGUUUACAGUAUUAUCUUACCUGAUUGCGGUUGUAAUCCUGAUGAUAAGGAUAGCAUUUGAUGAAAGAUCUGUGUAUUGAUGCUAGCUUCAGUGUGCAGUUGUAUUGCGCCAUAAUUUAUUCACCAGGUCGGUGCGAAGUGACGAAAUAAAUUAGUCUGACAAACUACAGGAACUCGUCUCGUAUCCUACUUUGCGUGUAAUAGUUUGGCGCCCUCAGUGUUAUCUGGCUAGAUACCACUACAGUUGGUAAUAUAGAUAUUGGGC